AUGGCUCGUCGGAAGCAGGUUGCCCCAAUGCAGCGCAUUGACUCCGGCGAAGUCAUGCAGGCCCUCCCCGAACAAGCAGAGAAGCCGGCUAUAUACACGAAUGGCCACGCCGGAAGUCCUUCGCGGCCCAAAAACCGGAUCGAGAAAACGUCUCAGCAACCACAACCAGGUGCUGGGGUGGUACAGUUGCUUGUCUGCGUCGGCGGCAUCUACGCCUCCUUCCUCACCUGGGGCCUCCUUCAAGAGCGUAUCACAACCACGGCAUUUGAGCCACAGCCUUCAGCGCUACAGUUACCACCCGCACAAGAGUACUUUCGCUUCCCAAUAUUCCUGAAUACCGUACAAUCACUCUUUGCAUUUGUCUCUGGAAGUUGUUACCUCAUCCUGACCGCGACCUCCAACAACGUUCUGCCAUCACGAGCGGCCUUCUUACCCUUACUCCUAAUCGCCAUAACGCAGACGCUGGCGUCUCCCUUUGGCUACGCUUCACUUGCCCAUGUCGACUACCUCACCUUUGUCCUCGCCAAGUCUUGCAAACUACUCCCCGUCAUGUUCCUCCACGUGACGUUUUACCGCAAGCGAUACCCGCUGUCCAAAUACCUCAUAGUGGCUGCUGUGACCGCCGGCGUGGCCAUCUUCACGCUCUACCACCCACCGAAGCCAGGCAAAUCCUCCAAAGCCCCAGCCAAGUCCUCAUACUACGGUCUCACCCUCUUAGCCAUCAACCUCCUCUUCGACGGCCUCACCAACACGACCCAAGACCACAUCUUCUCCUCGCCCGCCCGCUACGGCCGAGUCACCUCCUCCCAGAUGAUGGCCAUCACCAACUUCUACGCCACCCUCCUGAUGUCCCUCUACCUCCUCGUCACGCCCCACAUCCCUCCACAACUCCUCCCCACCUUCGCCCAAACCAGCAACAUCCACGAGUUCUCCAGCGCGCUCUCCUUCCUGCAGCGCCACCCCUCCGUCCUCUACGACGUCCUGGGCUUCGCGCUCUGCGGCGCCAUCGGCCAGCUCUUCAUCUUCGCCACCCUCGAGCGCUUCAGCAGCCUGCUGCUCGUCACCGUCACCGUCACGCGCAAGAUGCUCACCAUGGUGCUCAGUGUCGUGUGGUACGGCAAGAGCCUCACGCACGGCCAGUGGGCGGGCGUCGGUCUAGUUUUUGGUGGCAUUGGCACCGAGGCCUACAUCUCGGCGCAGGAGAAGAAGGCCAAGGCGCGCGCGAAAGGGGUGGUGGCGAAGAAGGAAUUGUGA